GUGUUUACAGGAGCAUGAGUGGCUCAGUCUCUCCAGUUUUCAGACUGGUUUGGAUGUGUCUUUGGUUGGAUACCUUCUUCACCCUGGGAUUCCUCUGUCUCUCUCUGUCUGAGGAUUAGACUGGUAAACUGAAGGCAUUAUGAAAGCUUCUGUUGGAGUGUGUGUGGUGUUCGUUCUGGCUCUGGUGGGGCUUGGCUCUGCCAUUAAAUGUCACAGCUGUAAGGACUACAUGGGCACAUGCUCUAAAACUCGAAACUGCUACUAUGAUGAUGCCUGUUUGUCCGUCUAUGAGAGAGGUGGUGACACUUACAGGCAGUGUAUAAAGUACUCUGAUUGUAACUACAACACAAUCAGGGAGAAGUUUCCCGAUAUUUCCAGCUUCAAGUUCUCCUGCUGUACCACUGACCUGUGUAACGCAGCAGCUGUGUCCGUGUCCAGCCGCUCUGUGGUGGCAAUACUGCUCUCACUAGCCCUCUUCUGGUGGGGUGUUCUCUAAAACGCUUCUGCACUGUUCCUCGUAAAGCUGGUAGUGGUAUCAUGCAGUGAGAAUGCAGAGAUCUUCUAUAUCUUGAGUUAAGUGGUCAAAGAAGCAUUCACAGCUUAAAUCUCAGCUGUAUGUUAAAACUAUGUGUGCUCACUGCUAAAGCGUGUAAGCUAAAGCUUGUAUUUUUUUUUUUUAAGUUUUGCACUUAACAGUGAAAGGGAAACCAUUUGAUCAUAAUUUAUUGUAUUCAGUGUUGCUUUAUGUAUGUGUACUCUUUCACGGCUAAUCCUGUUACCCAGAAAAGUGGUACGACUGAGUGGGUUAUGAGGGAUGCUGACAUUUUCAAAGGGUUAAUGUAUCAUAUCAUCGUCAUUUUCAUAAAAUCCCUUUACGCCUGCUUUUCCUCUGCCUUGUUCAUGAAUGUCUGUUUUAAAACUUAAAAUCAUUGCGUGCAAUAUUUAGACGUCUUAUCAGUGUGCUGAUUAGCUUCUUGUUACCACUAUAGCCAGCGAAACUUACUGAACCUUUAUGGAAACAAUAAAAGGAACAUGCAGUUUUAAACAUA